UCAUCACUAAACACUAAUGAAUUUGCAGUUUGGUUGGGCCUUUUUUUUCUUGAAUGAAUGACUGAUCUUUGUUAAAAUAAUUAUUUACAAAAUGGCAUCCGCUUUUGCCUUUGCUUCUGGAACCUCACCUUCAUUCUUACCCUCUAACAGCCUCAAACCCAAACAUUCACCGCUUCGUCGUCCUUUGGCGCCUAUUAACAUAAGAUCCGAAAGCAUGGCUACUGAGAAACUCGGCAUCAAAGUUGAAACCAACCCCUCAGAAUCCAAGCUUUCUCAGCUUGGUGUACGCCAGUGGCCCAAGUGGGGUUGUCCUCCUAGUAAAUUCCCAUGGACAUAUAGUUCAAAAGAGACAUGUUAUCUAUUGGAAGGGAAAGUCAAGGUAUACCCUGAAGGUAGCAAUGACUUUGUUGAAAUUGGUGCUGGUGAUUUAGUUGAGUUUCCUAAAGGGAUGAGUUGCACUUGGGAAGUUUCAGUGGCUGUUGACAAACACUAUAAGUUUGAGUGAGUGCUUUUAUAACCUCAUGCUCUUCUUUUACCUUCUUUUCUCCAUUGUUAUUAUGAAAUAAAAUAUAAAUGCUUGGGGUGAUGUAAGAUACCUCUAUAUUGUUCAAGUUUGAUUAUGAUUUGGAGCUCAGAACUUAAAGUUUAUUUAGCUUAUUAAAUAUGGUCUUAUACUA